AUGGAGAGAUUUUCGUCGGACGAUUUGUAUAGAAAUCCCCAUCGGCUUUCGCACUGUGGAAAGAUAAUCUUAUUUAACUGCAAACAGGAUUCAGACAAAAAUGAGGGCGGAAAAAGUGAGCUAAUUUUCCACAGCCUUUACUUCAAUCCAAGAGACAAUGUGUUCCUGAACGCAGCACACGGAGCGGCUGUCAUCAGCAGGAAAGUAUCAGUAUCAGUGGACAUUGUGAAAUGUAAAAGUACUAUCAAUGUUCAGAAGAGAGUAAGAAGUCCGUGUAUUUUGGUGACUAAGAACAGUGGGAAAGGCUUUCACUAUAGUCUUCUCACACUGAGCAGUUCGAAUCAGCUGGAGCCCUGCUUUGAGUUUAAACUCCCCUAUCAAAUGAAAGAUAAUGUGUACAUCUUCCAUGGUCCCAUUGUGCUGUGGACUCAUGAAGGCAGUGUGUUUUAUACAUCUCUGGAUGAUGGGGGUGUGAGAAAGAUACCCAUUCAUAUCAUGCACUGUAUUUUUGGAGAACUUCCACUCCUCACAGGACAGAUAUUUGUUCUCGGACUGCAACGCCCCAACAGCCAAUCCUGCUCUCCAACUCUUGGUUAUUUCCUCGGGGAUGGAAAAGUGUUUGAUGGCUCUUUGAUUUUACCCCAUCCCUAUAUCAGCAUCACACAGUGCAUCCUGGUGCUCGAGGCUAACGUGGUAGAUGACGUGCUGACAUGUGCUUCAGUUGCAGCAACUUCAAAUCAGCAACUUGUGUAUUUGGAGAAUGGGACUGUAAAAGACAUAUGCCAGCUGCCCUUUGAGCACGCUGAUCACAUUCAGGCAGUUAACGCCGGAAGGAACGGCCACCUGUUUGUCAUAUCCUUCCACCAGGGGAACGUUUGUGCUGUGUGGCAGGAAACUUUUCAGAUAGCCUCCUGCUGGUCUGGCGUCACCUCUGUCCACGUGGAUGACUUCUUGGGAUGUGGAACGGAUCAGAUACUCCUGUUUUUUAAUGAGAAAGAAUUCCUCAUCACUGACCUCUGUGGUAUUUCUUAUUCUCGUGGUCAAGACUCUGAAGCACCAAAGACAACCGAUUCUCAACCAGAAAGUUACCUCCUCACUCUUCAAGCUUUAGAAUCUAGAUUACAGAGUGGAUUAGUCGCCCUUCAGGAGCUUCACAAGGAAGUGAGAGUGAAGGACAGAGUUGUACAGCAGUCGGUCCAAGUCCUCUGCGAUGUGGCCUCAAAAAAAGAAACAGUUCUCAGCCGGCACGAGGAGGAAGAUCUCGUUGCUCUGUGGGACUCUGAUGAUGAGUCAGUGGAAAAGGCCAUGGAUGACAAAAUGCAAGACACGCCAGCAGUGCCUUCAAACCCUCAAAUUGACAAGCUCUGGCAUCGUGUCACUGGGGACAGGAUGGUUGUGGGAGUGAUACUAACGACUGACACUGCUGUACCACUGACCGGUGUGAGCUUAUCCCUCCUGACAGAGAUGGGUCAGAGCUCAAUGCCCGCAGUAAUCCAGACCCAGAGCCAAGCGCUCCGGCUCCCCGCUCCUGGCCCCUCAACGCCAUCUUCCUCCUCCUCUUCCUCUACGUUCUCAGAGCCCACAGCCAAAAGAAGCAAGCCGCAGAGCUCCAGCGGCAGUGAUCUGAAUGCGGGCAGACUGGCUGUGACUGCGGUGACCGAGCUGGCACCGCUGCUGAACUCCAGCUGUGUCAAGUGCCGUGUCCUGCUCCAUUACCAGCAGAAAACAGAUGCCUUUUCCUUCAUGAGCCGCCCGCCACCGGUGGCCCUGCACUGUGGCACGGUUUCUGUGGACAUUCAGAAUGUUUUCCAACCCCAGUUACUGAAAAACCCGCAACUCAAGACAGAUGAGGUUAGAGAGGACUUGCUGAGUCUGUUGGCAGUGCUGGAUCGUUGGAUUUUCCAUAUUGAUUCCCCCGAUUACAGUUUGGGGGAUGUAGGUGGCUGGAUUCAGAAGAGAGAAGGUUGUAAAAAGAUAGAAGUGAGCCCUCAGCAUCUACUGUUAGAUUCUUCAUGUCCAUCUACACCUGUGCUCCUGCACUGGCAUCAGAUAACUCCUUUCCAGGGGGAACUAACUGUUCACUCCAGCCAGUUGCAGAUGCUCCAGUUCUUGGACUCGCUGCUGGUGUUCCUCCCUCCAUCCUGCUGCAUCCAGCCUGUCAAAGGCACUCCGAGGUGUCAGAGCACUGCUCAAGGAUUCGCUUUGGCUCUGGAGAAAGAGGUGACGUCACUCGGACGACGCCUGUCGUCGCUCCUGUUUGACGAAAAUGAAGACGGGGCAAAUGAGGAAAGCCCCGAGCCAGGUUCUGAGGAGGGGCUGCACAGGUGUAGAGAACUGGGGCAGAGGGACCGCGAGAGGAGCAGGAUGAGGUUGAGCCCCCUGGUGGAUGUGGGGAGGUAUCGUAAGCUGCUCCGGAGCAUGUGUGAAGUCCAGAUGGAUGGGGAUUUAGCAGCUCUCCUCGACACCCAGAGGACUUUGCUCAGUUAA